AUGGGAAACCUGUUAUGCUGUGUAAAAGUUGACCAGUCCACUGUGGCUAUUAAGGAAAGAUUCGGAAAGUUCGAUGAUGUUCUCCAGCCAGGUUGCCACUGCCUACCCUGGUUUCUCGGCAGCCAGAUCGCUGGUCGCCUCACUCUCCGGUUGCAGCAGCUGGAUGUGAAAUGCGAGACAAAAACUAAGGUUGGUCUCCUCUUCCUACGUUCAUACGGGAUAUACUACACGAAUACCCCUCCAGAAUUCUCUCCAGCGAACCUCCACCCAUUCCUUGCAUCCAGUUAAGAUCACCAAUAUGAUCCCUGGGAAGAUCAGCUCCUCCACAUUUUUCAGCCCAAGAUGAGAAAUAUCAACCCCUCUUUCUACGUUGACAAGGGAUAGAUUAGACGGUUAGUUAUCAGUAUUCUCCUGGAAUCAUGCAUCCACAUCUAAUCGGCAGUCGUGAAGGUCCAUGUGAUCUCUGGGAAGAUCAAAACCCUCGGACUUUGUUCGUCCAUGAUGGGCAGUCGUUGAUGGCGGAGUUGUUGCAGGACAAUGUGUUCGUCAAUGUGGUCGCGUCCAUACAAUACCGCGCUCUGAGUGAGAAGGCAGGAGACGCGUUCUACAAAUUGAGCAACACGAGAAACCAAAUCCAAGCUUAUGUUUUUGACGGUGAGUGCUCUUUGAGUAGAUCCUUCAACAGUUGAUUACCAGGUAGACAUGACUACAUUUCCGUGUGGGUGAUGGGCGAGAAAAAAACUUGUCCGUUUUCUUCUCCUGCCAGUUAUCAGGGCAAGCGUUCCGAAGCUUAAUCUGGACGACGCAUUCGAGCAGAAGAACGACAUUGCCAGGGCCGUGGAGGAUGAACUGGAGAAGGCCAUGUCGAACUACGGGUUUGAGAUUGUGCAGACGCUCAUCGUCGAUAUAGAGCCAGAUGGGCGCGUGAAGCAAGCCAUGAACGAAAUCAAUGCUGGUAGUGUGCUCCUCCCCAUCCGGUGUUGAAUUUAACCCACUGAAUGCUUUUAAUUUAUAAAAAACUAUCGGGGGGAUCGUUACAUUAUUGAUCAGAUGUUGUUGUUCUAAAAUAUAUGAUGAAAUUAAAAAAUAUCUACAGUAUAUCUGACUUAUUUGUUGUUUCGACAUGAGAUUCUUAGUGUAUUUCCUUAGUCUUUUUUUUUUGAGAUCAUCCAAAUUUGGGUAUCAUUCUUAGUGUAGGGAAAGGUUAUCAACUUUUUUAAAAUUGUAUGAUAUUUAUCUCGAUUAUUUAUCCAGCAUUACCUUAUCGAUUGAUGAAAAUCGGAAUCGAAACGUUUUCAUCGGCAAACAUUGAACAUUAAUCUAAUGAGAAACGUUAUAAAUACUUUAUUUUCAAACUCCCCCUCUCCUCUUCCUCGCUCAGCUCUUAGGCUCAGGAUGGCUGCAAGCGAGAAGGCAGAGGCGGAGAAGAUCCUACAGAUUAAACGGGCGGAGGGGGAGGCCGAGUCCAAGUACCUAGCCGGACUUGGAAUCGCUCGCCAGCGCCAGGCGAUCGUCGACGGGCUUAGAGACAGCGUCCUCGGAUUCUCUGUCAAUGUGCCGGGGACGACGGCCAAGGACGUGAUGGACAUGGUCUUGGUCACCCAGUACUUCGACACCAUGAAGGAGAUCGGCGCCGCUUCCAAGUCCUCCGCCGUAUUCAUCCCCCACGGUCCCGGGGCCGUCCACGACGUCGCUACCCAGAUCCGCAACGGUCUCCUCCAAGCUUCUGUGAAUCAGUAG